AUGACGCUGCUGCUACCGCUGCUGCUCAGCAGCUUUUGUCUGUGUGGAGUGGCUGAUGCAUCUUCUUUAAAGAGGACCCCUUUGGGGGCCCCUUCAUCACCUGCUGCAUUUAUACUUGCUGCGGCUCCUCCCCUGCAGCUCCAUCAGACGGGAGCGCAACCUGCUGCAGCAGCAGCAGCAACAACAACAGCAGCAACAACGGCAAGAGCAGCAGCCGCCGAUGCGUCGUCCGCCUCAGGAGCCAUUGCUGCUGCUGCUGCAGCAGCAGCAGCAGAAGCAGCAGCAAAUGAAACGUCAAGGCCUGCGAGUGUGCCGGUGGGCAGCUUAGAUGCCAUGGAGGAGGCCUUGAGGCGGGCGGAAGCUGCAGCAGAGGGGGCCCCUCAGGGGGCCCCCCAUUUGUGGGGUCGCCCGCGGUGUCUCGGCAUCUUCGGGUGUACAGGCAGCAUAGGGCGUCAGGCAUUGGAAGUGUGUCGUCAAUACCCUCACUUAUUUAAAGUCUCAGUGCUGGCAGCAGCAGGGACAGCGCUGCAGCUGCUGCUGGAGCAGGCCCUUGAGUUCAGACCUCAGCUAAUUGUAGUGGAGACAGCUGAGCGUGCGGAGGCCCUUCGCGGCAUGCUAAAAGAAGCUUCCAGGGCCCCCUCUAGCAGCAGCAGCAGCAGCAGCAGCAGCAGCGGGCGGUUGGUUGGCGGGGCAUCUGUAGGUGCAGCAGUGCAUGCAAUGCCUACCGUUGUUUACGGGGAGGAGGCGCUCGAAGCUGCAGCAGUUCUUCAAGAGGUGCAGUGUCUGCUGCUAGCAGUCUCUGGGUUUAAAGGCUUAGGGCCUGCAUUAGCAGCACUGAAGGCAGGCAAAGAUGUUGCUCUAGCUACGAAGGAAGCUCUUGUUGCUGCAGGUAGUCUCUCUGUCUCUGUCUCUGUCUCUAUCUCUCUGUGUCUCUCUGUCUCUCUGUCUCUGUCUCCUUCUCUCUUCUGUUUGCCUCUGUCUGUCUCUCGGUACAAAUACAAGGCAGUGUUAAGGGGCCCCCGGGGGCCCCCCAGCAGUCAGAGCCACAGUCCCUUAUACGGCGACCUCAAUAAGAAGGAAGGAGACACCAACAGCAGCAGCAGCAACAACAGCAGCAGCAGCAGCAGCAACAGCAGCAGCAGCAGCAGCAGCAGCAGCGGGAGGAGGAGGAGGAGCGAGGAGACACUUCCUCGUGUUGGGCGUUUGCUGCCUGUAGACAGCGAACAUAGUGCAUUGUUUCAGGUGCUGCAGGGGGUGCCCCCUUCUUCUUAUCCUCCAUCGAAGCUGCUGCUCUGUGCUUCGGGGGGGCCCUUCUUAGGUCGUACAGCCAAACAACUCCUCAACGUUACUGUAGAUGAUGCAUUAAAACAUCCUAAGUGGAGUAUGGGUAAGAAGAUAACGGUGGACAGCGCGACGUUGAUGAACAAAGGUUUGGAGGUAAUAGAGGCACACGAGGCCUUUGGAGUCCCUUAUAAAGAUAUCUGCGUCCUAAUUCAUACUCAAGCUCUGCUGCACUCUGCUGCUGAGAUGCAAGACGGCUCUCUGCUUGCUCAACUCGCAGUCCCCGAUAUGAAAAUCCCCAUCGCCUACGCACUCGCCUGGCCGCAUCGAAUUCACACCUCCUGGCCUCGCCUAGAUUUACUUUCUUGCGGGCCUUUGACCUUCGAGCGCCCAGACACGUAG